UAAAAAUAAUUACAUAAAACAAUUCUCCACAUAUUCAAAAUAUUAACCACGUGUCUUGAAUGAACUUUCAAAGCAACCCAUUCCCUAAGUAUUAUUAUGGAUUAAAAAGAAAAAUGGGGCUACUGAAGUGCAUGUAUCUAGUUUCCCUAUAUAAAGCCCAGUUUCUGUUUAGCACGCAAAGUUUCAGGCUUCUGAACUCCAACAUUGCCUCUCUAAUCUAUUCUUCUUGAUAGCCUGAAAUUUUUAGAUUUCAUUGCAUAAAAAAUUAAUAAUUUUCGUCAUGGAGAUGUACCAAAAUACAAAUGAUUCCGAUUUAGCUAUGCUGGACUCAAUUCGGCGACACUUACUCGGCGAGUCAUCAGACCUGCGACUCACUACUUCCACUGACUGUACCGCCGCUCCCCCCAUGUUUUGCGGAAGCUCAAGCUUUAGCUGCUUGUACCCUUGUUUGACUGAAACCUGGGGUGACCUCCCACUCAAAGAAAACGAUCCUGAAGACAUGCUCGUUUUCGGGUUCCUCCGAGAUGCUCUGACCGUCGGCUGGGCACCAUCCGAUAACUCUUCCACGAAUUUCCCGCCGAUUAAACCGGAACCGCAAGAAAUUUUAAAAGGGACACCGAUGCAAAAAGUGAACUCGGUGCCGGCGACGGUGGUUCCCGUGGUGGUUCCGGCCAGAGGGAAGCAUUAUCGAGGUGUUAGGCGAAGGCCGUGGGGGAAGUUCGCGGCUGAGAUUAGGGACCCGGCUAAAAAUGGGGCUCGGGUUUGGUUAGGUACUUUUGAGACAGCCGAGGAUGCGGCUUUAGCUUAUGAUAGAGCAGCUUUUAGGAUGCGUGGCUCGAGGGCUUUGUUGAAUUUUCCAUUGAGGGUGAAUUCCGGGGAGCCUGAUCCAGUAAGAAUAACCUCAAAGAGAGCGUCACCGGAGCGAUCUUCAUCUUCGUCCUCUAACUCAGAGAAUGGAUCGCCGAAAAGGAGGAGAAAGGUAACCGCCUCGGCUCCGGUCCUGGCUCAAGCGGAAGUUAAGUAUGAAGUUAGAUCUAGUACGGAUGGCGAACAGCUAUUAGUCAGUUAAUGUUGACGUGGCAGUAUAUUAAUGUGGGAUAGACACAUAGCUCUCAGUUUGAGAGAUUGUGUUGGCUUUGUGAAUACAAAGAAUGUGUUACUAUUUCAUUAAAGUUUUGUUGAAUGGGAAUUUUAUUUUGUUUUUUUUUCCCCUAAAAAAAGGUGUCAUAUUUUGCUUGGAAUAGGCACAUUGUAAAGGAAAAUGUGAAUAUUACCAUCAAAUUUUCUCUUUUUAUUUUAUUAAA